GGUACUUCGGUUGGCUGUCGGAGGUGUGAAGUCCCUGGGUUUUUAUACCUUUCGAGCAUUGUACAGCAAAGGCUGACACUGACUGACAUCAUGCGAGCUUCAUCAUACGAGGAAGCUCUAGCUCGUUUCGUCAAUGUAUUGUUGGGGAAUGGCAUUUUUUCCCUGGUUGCCUUCGAGCUGGCCGGAUUUGGCAAUUUCAGUGGCGAAGAUAAGUCGAUUGCCGAGGAUUCAUCGAUGUUACCAAGGAUGCAAUACGAGAGAAUCGACUGUCGAUACGGCAUGAACCUAUCUCAAUUUCCCUCAUACUGAGGACUCCUGGGCACGUUUGGUGCAUACUAUGUUGAUUGGAAGACAUGCACAACAUCUUGAAGAGCCAGGUUGGUCAGCAAGCAGUGAGAGAUUUUGGAUACAUAUCGCGGCACAACAUAGGGCGCG